UUGCCAGUUCAUUUGUACUGUGAGUCGUUUUCCAACCCUGUCCAUACCCGGUUCAUAACUCAUAGUGCAAUUACAUCCUCUGCAAAAAGAUAAGUCAGUUAUAUCGUUAUCAUGUCGUCAAAAGAUUUAGAAUGCAAUGAUGUCAAAGUUGACUCUGGCUUGUUUGACUCUGCCUCUAACAUCCUGGCUCCACUCUCAGAAGAGCUGACUCGCUGGGGCAAGUUCAAGGAUUCCUUCAAAAGACAACCCUACGAUGAAACUGGUGCUGGUAAGCAGCUUGCCAAAGGUAUCUCCAAGAGUCACUUGGUGUUGAUGGCCUUGUGUACUGGUCUUGGUACUGGUUUAUUGGUGGGUUCUGGUGGAGUCUUGAGCAAGGCUGGUCCAUUAUUCGUUCUUAUCGGUUAUGCCAUUGUUGGUUCUUUCUUGUAUCCUACCUUGCAAGCUGCUGGUGAAAUGGCUGUCAACUAUUCUGAUCUCUCUGGUGGUUACAACAACUACCCAAGAAAGUUUGUAGACGAGUCCUUGGCUUUUGCAAUCACUUGGAAUUACUGUAUCCAGUGGCUUUCUGUCAUUGCCAUCGAGUUAGUGACUGCUGCUAUGACCAUUGAAUACUGGAACACCUCCAUCAACCCUGACGUGUGGGUUACUAUUUGCUACGUUGUUGUCUUGUUCAUUAACUUUAACGGUGCCAAGGGUUACGGUCAAGGUGAAUUCAUCUUGGGUUCCUGUAAGAUCCUCAUGAUUGUAGGUUUCAUUAUCAUGGGUAUAGUCGUUAACGUUGGUGGCGGACCAGAAAAGGAAUUCAUUGGAGGAAGAUACUGGCACAACCCUGGUUUCUAUACCAACUUCAAGGGUCUUUGUUCUGUUUUUGUCACUGGUGCUUUCUCUUUGGGCCAGUCAGAAUUCGUUGCUCUCUCAGCUGCUGAGCAGAAGAACCCAAGACAGUCCAUUCCAUCGGCUUGUAAGUUAAUCUUCUGGAGAAUCCUUGUUAUCUUCUUGGGUUCUUUGACUAUUGUCGGUUUGUUGGUUCCAUACACCUCCGACAGACUCUUGGGUUCCCAUGGUGGCGGUUCACAUGCUUCUCCAUUCGUGUUGGCUGCCGCUUUGCAUGGAGUCAAGGCAGUUCCUUCCAUCAUUAAUGCUGUCAUUUUGUUGUCGGUCACUUCUGUUGCUUCUUCUUCGUUGUACUCUGCCUCCAGAACUUUGCAAUCUUUGGCUGAACAACGUUUUGCCCCAACUUGGUUCAACUACAUUGACAGGUCUGGUAGACCAUUGAGAGCUUUGGUGGUAUGUUCAAUCAUUGGUCUCUUCUCUUUCAUCGCUGCCUACAAGAAACAAGAAACAGUGUUCAACUGGUUAUUGGCUAUUUCUGGUCUCUCUCAAAUCUUCACUUGGUUCAGUAUCUGUAUUUCCCACGUCCGUUUCAGAGCUGCAUUGAAGUACAACAACAUUUCCCUUGACUCAUUAGGUUACGUUGCUUCUACUGGUGUUUGGGGUUCGUGGUAUGCUAUCAUUUGGUAUGUUCUUGUGUUGAUUGCGCAAUUCUGGAUUGCUUUAUACCCAGUUGGAGAAGGAAAGCCAGAUGCCGAAAACUUUUUCCAGAACUACCUUGGAGCAAUUGUUUUGAUCUUGUUCUACUUUGGCCAUAAGUUAUACACAAAGAACUGGAAAUUGUUUAUCAGGGUAGAAAACAUCGAUAUUUACAGCAGCAGAACCAUUUUUGAUGAAGAAGUAUUGACAUUGGAAAAGCAAGAAGAAGCAGAGAGGUUCAAAAAUUCCAACAUUUUCAAGAAGGCAUUGAAGUUCAUGUUCUACUAGAAGGAUCUUCUCUAAUGACCAUUUCAUGACUUUUCACUUCAUUUUAAAUUAUUUAUAGAUUGUAAUACUAUGGUUUUAUGAAUUU